AUGUCCCGCAAGGCCGGCGACAAUGUGGAGUACACGCUGCGGAGCCUGAGCAACCUGAUGGGCGAGAAGCGGCGGCGGCAGGCGGAGGGGGCCGCCGGCUCGGGCGCGGCGGCGGCGGGCGAGCGCAGCCUGAUCGCCGCCGAGUCGUGCUCCAGCCUGAACAGCGCGGCGUCGGGCGCGGAGCUGGAGCGGGCGGCGCGGCGGCAGUUCCAGCGGGACGAGACGCCCGGCUUCGUCUACGUGGUGUCCGUGUUCUCCGCCCUCGGGGGCUUCCUCUUCGGCUACGACACCGGCGUGGUGUCGGGGGCCCUGCUGCUCCUCAAGCGGGAGCUGAACCUGGACGCGCUCUGGCAGGAGCUGCUGGUCUCCGGCACGGUGGGCGCCGCCGCGCUGUCCGCCCUGGCCGGCGGCGUCCUCAACGGGCUGUGCGGCCGCCGGCCCUGCAUCCUGCUGGCCAGCGGCCUCUUCACGGCCGGGGCCGGCGUGCUGGCGGCCGCCCGCGACAAGGAGACGCUGCUGGGGGGCCGCGUGGUGGUGGGACUGGGCAUCGGUGUAGCAUCUAUGACAGUGCCUGUGUACAUCGCAGAAGUUGCUCCGCCACAUUUAAGAGGCAGAUUAGUCACCAUUAACACCCUGUUCAUCACUGGAGGGCAGUUUUUUGCAAGCGUCGUGGAUGGACUGUUCAGCUACCUCGUGAAGGAUGGAUGGAGGUACAUGUUGGGGCUGUCAGCUGUGCCAGCAGUUAUACAGUUUUUUGGUUUCCUGUUUCUCCCUGAAAGCCCCCGUUGGCUGAUUCAGAAAGGCCAGACUCAGAGAGCAAGGAGGAUUCUGUCUCAGAUGCGUGGCAACCAGGCAAUCGAUGAGGAGUAUGACAGUAUCAAAAACAACAUUGAAGAAGAAGAAAAAGAAGUUGGAGCAGCUGGACCUGUGAUCUGCAGAAUGCUAACAUACCCUCCAACUCGAAGAGCCUUAAUUGUGGGUUGUGGUCUGCAGAUGUUUCAACAACUGUCAGGGAUUAACACCGUCAUGUACUACAGUGCGACCAUCCUGCAAAUGUCGGGGGUAGAGGAUGACAGGCUGGCAAUCUGGUUGGCUGCCCUCACGGCCUUCAUCAACUUCAUCUUCACUCUGGUGGGAGUCUGGCUCGUUGAGAGGAUGGGCCGCCGGAAGCUGACACUGGGCAGCUUAGCAGGCACUGCUGUAGCACUCAUUAUCCUAGCUUCGGGAUUUUUGCUGUCAGCUCAGGUCUCGCCAAGAGUCACACUUAAUCCACCAGAUCCUUCACAUCAAAACUCUACCUGCACAAAAUACAGUUACUGUAAUGGAUGUAUGUUAGAUCCGGACUGUGGUCUCUGCUACAAACUGAAUAAAUCAAGUGUUGUUGAGUCCUCAUGCAUCCCUGUUGAUAAACAUUCUACAACGAAAGCCGCUUGGGGCAGGUGUUCAAAUGAAACCAUAUUCAAAAAGGAAGAUUUGUUUUGGGCAUAUAAUUUCUGCCCCACUCCAUACUCCUGGACAGCACUUCUGGGCCUUAUUUUAUACUUGGUUUUCUUUGCGCCUGGGAUGGGUCCCAUGCCCUGGACCGUGAAUUCUGAAAUCUACCCUCUGUGGGCUAGAAGUACAGGAAACGCGUGUUCAUCUGGAGUCAACUGGGUUUUCAACGUGCUGGUGUCACUGACCUUCCUGCAUACAGCUGAAUAUCUGACCUACUAUGGAGCCUUCUUUCUGUAUGCAGGGUUUGCUGGCCUGGGACUCCUUUUCAUCUAUGGCUGCCUUCCUGAGACUAAAGGGAAAAAACUAGAGGAAAUUGAAUCUUUGUUUGAAAGCAGGCUAUGUACCUGUGGUAUGUCAGAUUCUGAUGAAGGGAGGUAUAUUGAAUAUAUUCGGGUGAAGGGAAGUAAUUACCAUCUUUCUGACAAUGAUGCUUCUGAUGUGGAAUAAUUUUCAGCUGCUAAUGUAUUUAAUCAUGUAAAAGCCUUCUGGGGGAAAAGCAGCUCUCUGGUGACCUCACUGCCCUGCUUCUGGUCUGGUUCUCCUUUCUGCUGUCUAGUUAAAAAUGCCUUCAUGUUCAAAAUGGCUCCGUUUGGGAGGAAAUUCAAUAUGCUCAUGUUUUCUUGAUAACUAAAGCAAUGGGUUUCAAAAGAGAUUGAAUUCCACAAUUACAUGAAUUAACCAGAUGUUUGCAAUCCCACACCAUGCUGAGGUAUUUUGCAUGAUGUACUGUGCCAGAUGAAUGUAGAAGCUAUCCUAGGUGCUCAGUGGUUGUCCUUAUCUUCAAAACUGACAAAAGUUGAAGUAAUGUUGUAGCUAGUCAGAAAGCAGCUGACAUCAGUUGUAUCCCCAUCUCUUAGCCUAUCAGACAGCUCUUGUAUGCCACACAGCAAAGGUUGCUGCUGCAAUGGUAGCCAUUUGAAAGGAUUAACUGAUUGUAAAAGCUACACAUAUCUCCCAAGUCUAUCAGAGGGAAAGUUGUCCAAAUUUAUCCCAAUGGAAUUUCAUUUGAAUUCAUUUGAGAUAACUGUAGAGAGCCAUGAUCACCUAGGUGGUGCCUCAUUAGGGUGGCACGAGUCUGUUGCCCCAGGUUGUGUUGAGGUUACUGCUCUUUAAGGACACACUGCAGUGAGCAGUUUGUGUUUGUGAGAUCCACUGCCAAAACCACAUUCUGAGAGCAGGAAACAGAACCCAGGACAUGGCUGCGUGUACCAACGAGCUGGUGGUGUACCUUGCUACAGACAACAGAGAGGCUACAGUCAGAUGGAAAUUAACGAUUUUUGUUCUCCUUUUCAGCAUGUGUACAUUUGGGUCUGUGCCUAGUUUUGAACACAAAAUAUCAUGAGCUGGAAGAAAUAAAAGGAAGGGAGAGGUUUUCUGCUGCUAAAUGCACAGUGGUCAUUCCUCCUGUGCCUUUUGCUAAUGAAUAAUCAAAUUGCCUUCAGUUUAUCUUCCUAUUGCAGGGUGAGUGAAUCCCAGCAAUUUUUUCCUUCAAAUGCCCUUAGUCAACCCGUGUCUUUUUGGAUUGAAAGAAAAAUAUUAGUGAUGGGCAGAAGCCUACAUCUCAUAUUAACUGCCUUACUGAAGCAUUGCAAAAUUGUCAAGAAACCAUCAGGCACAAAAAUCAAGUUGGCUGCCUUUAGUGUGGUAAUGAAAAUAUUAAUGGUGUUUUAUUCACCUGCCGUGAUUGCUUGCCUUGGCAAAUUGAAUUUUAUGCAGCUACAUAAAAGUGUAAUGUUAUUUUUUUUCCUUGCCCUGUUUCCUUCCACGGCUUUAAUUCUUCAGAGGUAUGAGUUUGAAAGCAUAAAAAAUUCAAAUUCUUAUCUCUGAAACCUUUGCUUCAUGAAUGUGGAAAACUUCCUCUGCCUGUAGGCUGCUCCCCAUUUGCUUGGUAAAAAUACAUUUAUUUUUCAUUGUGUAAGGAUUAAAGAAGUUGUUGGGUUCACUACCUUUUAUAGAUACACUUUGUGGGCUCUUUUUUGAUUGAAAAAUAUUUUGAGUGUAAGAGAACUGUCAAAAUGAUAGUGGACAUUUGUUACUAAGUUAUUUUUAUUGGAUAAUAUGUGGAGUUUUCAUUGUAAUCAUGAAGUAUGAUGCUAUGCUGUCUGAUCUUAUACGGGAGAGGUUUCUUACUCUCUAAUUAUUGAAAUUCAGUGAUUGGAUGUAUUUUAGGUUAUUUUCUUUUUUACUUCAUAAAUCAAAGAAAUAUUUUUGGAAAGAAAAUAUUUUAGAGCAUUCUUCUGUAACGAGACUGGGAAUAAAAGGGAAAAGCAUAGCAAACAGGAGCAGUGAGUUAUUGCAAAGAGCAGAAUGACCUCAAACCUCUGAUGGGCAGUGACAGGGCUGCAUCCCAAUUCUCCACCCUCCUUCCCUCCCUGUAAGUGCACAAUAUUCCCAGGCUUGUAAGCACCAGCAGCUGAAAAGGACUGGCUCUCCGGCCCUUUAUCCAAAUGCAUCAGUUUCAGACCAUCUGUUGGGCUGCUGCCACUUCAAAGCCUCACCAAAGGUGCAGUACCUGAAAUGAGAGAAAGGGACGCUUGUCACAGAUGAAGUUCAGUGUGAACUGAUUUCCUUCUGAAACCAAAAAAUAGCUGUUGGAAGACCCUUCUUCAGAGCAGGUUUGUUAUCCAGAGCAACGUGUGAAUAGGUGCUUACUGCCCAACGUGUGCACACUGGGAUGCUACACAAAGACAGACCGAGGCAGGUAUUUCCUGGCUUUUCAGGACAAGGACUUAUGGCUCUGAUCCCCAGAAGCGUGAGCCCAAGGUCCCUUGAUGGAAGUGGUUUGUGCUCCCAGUUCCAGCACUUACUUCCAUGUCCACAGGUAGAGGAAACAGCAGCUCUUUGAUGUCAUAACCAAAGUCAAGUCCCUAUGAAAACUGCCAUCACAAGAUCAGCCUCUUUUUUUUCUUGCAGGCAGUGCUGGGACUUUUUAGCAGCAGAAGACAAUCUCUCUUUGCCAGUGUUUUUCAUGGACGUUCUCAGAAGUGGCAUUCAGUUGUGUGCAGCACUAGGUUAUUUUCCACACUACAGUUCAGUCUCUCUUAGACCAGUUUUCUGAAGUUGUAUAUCCUGGGCCCUUUUUCUUGAGGCAAAGUGAUUGAAUCACAGGCAUCUUGUUUAUUGUCACUACUUCUUAUGAGGAUGCAAAAUAUAUUGGCUUCUUUGCUGUCAAUCCCCUUUCCUACCCACAGAGUUGGGUUUUAGUCUUCCUCUUAGGGUUGCUUUACACAAAGGAAACAUUCCACACCUUAUAAACCCCGGACCUACUACCAAGCAUCAUGUAUCUUAAAAGUGAGAUCAAAUACUUGAAAUUAAUCUUACACAAUUAGGGUUUUAUUUUUAGAAUCUGUGAACAUUUAUAACGUAUGAAGAUAAUUAAACAAAUGUUUCUAUUUUGCAAAGAUUUUUAUAUUUGUGCAUACUUUAAGUUGUAUGAAUUUUUGCUAAGGGUAGUGCUAGUGACGUUCCAGACAGAAGAAUACAAAUACAAAUGCAGUUGAGUCAUUUCUUAUGACAGAACGUUAAUUUAUGAAGUAGCAUAAGUAGUACACCUAAGCACAAUGUUGUUCUACAGACAGCUUUCUGUAGGAGGUGGGUAAGAGUUCCUUUGCAGGGACUGCACCUUCAUUCAGGUACUCUGUGCAUGAGGAGCGCUGCUGGUAGAGCUGUGCGUGGAUCACACGCUGAUCACACACAACAUUUUGAGGUAUUUCAGCAGCUCAGAUUCUUUACAGGUUUAGGCUUAUGAGCAAGAGUAAAAGGAACAAUUCCUGAUGAGUUUUUAACCUUUCAUAUUUUGAUUCACCUUAAUUUACCUAUGGAGGUUUAUUAACCAUGCUCAAAUUCUUACAGCGUUGGAGGGGGUGAGUAAUUUGCAAUUUGUUUCUUCCCACUGUCACUUUGUUGCUCAAAAUCAUUUUCUAAAGGGAGAAACAAACUUGGUUUUAAAAGAAAACUAAACCAACAAAAGCAAAGCAAGCCCCUGGGAUCCUUUUGAGGGCUGAAGCUGCAUUGUAUACGUGCGCCUUAGGUUGCUGCCAUAGACAUUGACAACCAGCGAAUCUCAGUGCCUGCCCUGUCAGACAGUGUGGGGUAAGAAAGGAAAGAUGUGUCACAUUUCAGUAGGGAUAGGAUUGGAGCCGACAGGAGUUGUCAGCUUCUCUCCUGUGGGGCAGAAGGGCAGGGGACCAGGGAGGUUCCCGGUGCAGGUGGCAUCCUGCAGAGAGCAGUGGGACGGGCAGGCUGAGGGCAGGGGCUCUAUUUCCCCUCUUCAUGGAGGUGAGGGCACAGCAGUAGAGAUAGCAAAGCGAAGGCUUUCUUCCUCUGUGAAGUCUCUGUUUGUCCUCAGCUGGACAAUGGGAGGAAGUGUGGGCUCUGAAGGUCACUGCGGGGCUCCUGGCCCUGGGCGAGGGCCUGUCCUUUGGGCACUCCUUGAAAACACACUGUGGGUCUGUCAGAGCAGGCCCCGUGCUUCUCAGCCUCACACCCACCUCCACUGCUCAGCGUAGUGCUGCUCCAACACUGACAUCUUGAAGUUCUCCUUGCGAUUGCCUUAGAGGCUCUGCAGGCCUAACUUAGUGGGGACGGGUCAGAGCCUUCAUUGCACAGAGUAGGAGCUAAGUCAGAGUAGCAAGUCCUGCGAAGCACUUUAACGAGUCAGAUAUCCGUGCACUCUUUUCUGAGAGAGCCAAGCCAGCCAAACCCCAUUCCUAAUUGGGAAGAAAACAGAGCUUUGUGUACCAGGCCAGAAGCAGAUAAUGCCACAGUAUGUGCUUUAUGGCAAAAUGUGUUUUUAUUGCAGGUAAUAUUUACAGCUUACAUGUAGCUGCUGCCUAUCAAGUGACACAAUUGUUCUCUGGAUUUUAACGAGUCACAUUUUUGUGCAAAACUUGGUGGUUUUCUAUCAAUCUCCAUCGCCUUGUGUACAGUACAGUAAGCGUAGUCCACAAAGUGGUCUAGGUUGUGGCAGUGUUAAAAACGUCAGCACAGUAAAACCUAGGUGAACAUUGUUAAAGAAUAAUGUUGUUAGUGAUAUCGGGGGUUAAAACUCCUUAAAGGCAACUAUAUUAUAGAUUUUAACAGUCUGAAAAAAAAGGCAAUUCUUAUCUAUUUUGUGUAUGUUUUCAUAUAGAGAGUUUUUUAUGUGCCGAUAACCAUCACUGUAGUGUUUUGUAAAUGGGUGUUAAUGGUGUUCCAGAGUUGUGUAUGUGAGCAUUCCCUUUAGCCUGGCUGAGCUGUCAGUGUGACCCAGCGGCAUGUUUCAGACCUCUCCGCGCCUCUCCUCGAGGCUCAGUCAGCUUCACUACAGCACACGGGGAGCUGGACCAGAACCCGGCCUCGGGAACCUACAGUUCACCUCAAGCCCCAUUUCUUCACAUUUUUCCUACACGGUGUGUUACAGCUGAAUGACUUGGUUGUGUAAUUAUAAAGCUUCAAGUGUGCUUCAGUUGCACUCUGAUCUUUCAAAAUUCAGUUUGACAUUUCAUUGUAUUUGCACAAGUAAGGGGAGCGCUGAUCAAUUAUGAAUAAUGUCCCUGUGUUUCUAAAGGAAACAUCCGUUCAGGAAGUGUUAAAAUAAAGGCAAAUUUCUCUCGCUGCCUUAAACAUUACACAGACUUUGGAGAGGACUGAAUGUAGGACUGUCGUCGUGACUUCUGCAGGAGAAACUUCAGCUGGUGGGCUGGGUGCUGGGGGAAAGCCCAAGGGUUCCAUGGUGCUGGGCUGCCCCCGCCCUGCCUUGUGCGCGCCCGCUGUCUGAGCGCUGUUGGGCAUCUGAGUGGUGCCCAUGAAAGUGAUGGGAUGAUUGUUCUCGACGUUCUUCAUGUGCUCCAGUGUCCUGCUGGUCCGGGGCAUAGCGGGAAUUGGCACAAGUCUUGUGUCUGCCUUUCAUCUGGAAUCUCACAACCCUACAAAAGCAUCGCCCGGGUCUUUCUGCCACGAAUUCUCUUUAGGGUAUUUGAGACUUUAUUGGAGACCAAAUUGCUAGGAAUAAAUGCUUUUGCGUUCCAUAAUAACAUGCAUUUGGUGCCAUCAGGAUGCAUGGUAUGGUAUUUGGUACAAAACAGGUUUGGGCAAAACUCAUUUUUGGGUCGUCCAAGUUAUUUUGUUAUCCGAACAAUGUCGAACAUGUGCCAUUUCCUUUUGCAGCCAGUCAAGCCUAUAAUGUAUGAAAGUGUUGUACAUUUUCUGAAACUUCAGUGAUGUAUAAUUAUUUAAUUGACUUCUGUUCUGAUUGCUUUAAUGACGUUUGGUCUUUACAUAAAAGUAAAUAUCUUCAAAGAAUUGUCAGUGCCAGAAGUGUAAAUGAACAAAAUAAAAGGUGAUACUUAAUUACA